AUGGGAGGCCUUGGCUUCAUUGGACUACUAUUAUCAGCACUUCUAAAUCAAGCAGCGUUUAGCGAAAUCGUGGGCAACACAAGCGAGCGUUUUCUUGGAGAAUCAAGUAUCUUGUUGGAAUCUUUUGAAUUCCUUCACGAGGUGUUCUUUCAGGCUGCAAUCGCCUUUUUUGCAGCUUCUGCAUUCAUCAUUGUCCGUGUUCUGCUGAGCUUCAAAGCGAUCCUAGAACUGACAUCAGAACAAGGGGACAAUGGUGAAAAUUUUGGAGGUUCCGAUGCUGCAUCGCAACAACUGUCAUGUUCUGUAGCUCGAAUUCUUGAAGCACCAACCAUAGAAAAGGCUAUCCUCAUCAGUAAUUUCGAAGAGCAGGAAGGCUUGGAAUAUGAAGUCGACCUAGAUGAUGAUUAUGUAAAAAGGCUAGCCAUCGAGCAGGUAAAUCCUCUUUGGCGAGAGCUCACACUGACUCCCAAAGGUAAAACAGUAUAG